AUGACGGCUGAAGCUGCAGACACACGGGCAACAGGAGCGGCUGGCACAGUGGCUGCCGAGACAGCGCCCCGGACUACUGGAGUAACUGGCUACAAGGAGCUACAGGAGCAACGGACCCACGGGCGACAGGCGCAACAGGCUCUCAGGGCUACUAGGACAGCGCCCCAGACUACAGAUCCACCCCCCUCAGCGGCAGCUGCAGCACUGGGAGACGGAGGAGGAGGAGGAGCAGGGGAUGGCACACAGAAACUGCACCCCCAUACCCGCCACCCCCACACUCCUCACCCCCAAACCCUAAAACGGGUUGCAAAGGGUAGGAGCGCAAGGGACGGCGGGGGGGACGGCGCGCGGCCCUCAGGGCGCCACCACGGGGCAGCAGGGUGCCGCGCUCGGCUCCCCAGGGCGGUGCGACGAGGCAGCGCAGGGUCGCGCGCGGCUCCCCAGGGCAGCGCGACGGGGAAUCGGGGGCCGCGCGCGGCUCCCCAUAGCGUCGCGACGUGA